UGAAAACAAUGUACAAUUCACUUAUUUGUGACUGUGUCAGCAAGGAAACACAUUAGUGACUUUAUUUUAAGAGUGGUAAAACACUGUGAUGUAUCGUUUUGGACUCUCAUUACUGAAUAAAAUGGAUUCACUUACAAAUUAUUUUUCACGUAUGUUUGGAGAGGACGAUGUGAAGGCAGAGGUUGGUCCUGAUAAAUUGAGUUCAAGUGAUGAUGCUGGUAAUCCUAAUGCAGCUUGGAGAAAAAGAGCAAAGCGGUGUCAAUGCCAAACUGUCAAACCUAUGGAUCCAAACACUCCAGUGAAGGAGGAUUGUGUUCGUUUUGUAUGUAUAUCUGACACUCAUACAAAAUUAGAGCAGUUCAAAAAUUUAGAAAUUCCAGAUGGCGAUGUAUUGAUACAUGCUGGUGACUUUACAAUGCAAGGAAUGCCAGACGAGGUUGAUGUUGUUAACAAAUAUUUAGGAACUUUAACACAUAAACAUAAAGUAAUAAUAGCUGGUAACCAUGACAUUACAUUUGACCUUGACCAUGUGAAGAAGAAUGGAUCAAGGAAAAUAUGGUCAUUAACAACUGGCAUGGAAUUGGAAUCACGUUUGGAACAUUUUGGAGUAAACACUGUGCAUGAAAUGUUGACGGACUGUAUCUAUUUAGAAGACUCUUCAGUCGAGAUAUACGGAAUUAAAAUAUACGGAAGCCCCUGGACAGCAGGGCGUGGCUUCUGGGGAUUUCAGCGUCAACGUGGCCCGGCUCUAAUGAAGAAAUGGAACCAGAUACCAGCUGACACAGAUAUUCUAGUAACACAUUCACUGCCAUGUGGUAUUGGAGACAAUGUCAAUGUUGGUGUGGCUUACAAACUGAAGAGAAUGGUAGGAGGUCCAGCAGCUAAUCACGUGGGUUGUGUAGAUUUACUUGACACUGUACAGAAACGUGUGAAACCAAAAUAUCACAUCUUUGGACAUAUACAUGAAGGGUAUGGUGUAACAACAGAUGGGACAACAACGUUCAUCAAUGCAUCCACAUGUACACACACAUAUGAUCCCUGUAACCCAGCUAUAGUGUUUGAUGUUCCUUUACCAGCUGGGUAUUCAAAGACACAAGAGGCCAAUAGUAUAAGAAAGGACAUUUGCAAUAACUUUGCUUCUUCUGAACACUAUGCACAUAGUGAUCCAGUGAUUCCAAAAAGUCAUGGGACAUUGAUGAAGAUAUUGAUGAUUCAAAUGAAGAUUUGAGCCUGUCUGACUCACUGAAAGUAGAUAGUGUGAUAGAAGAGGAAGAUUUAGACUGUGUUGAAUUUACUCAUACAAUAGGUGAAACAGAUAUAGAGAAUACAAAUUCUAUAGCAACA